AUGGCACUGAUUACAAAGAAGGCGCACUCGAAUGAGCACACUUUACUCAAGAAUGAGCCAGGAGAAUUUGUUCCAUUGACUCUACGACCAAACCUCAGAAUUCCGGAUCCUGGCAUGGGCCCAAAUGGCGAUCGUCUCCAUCGCAUGGAUGGAACAGAGAUUAGGUCCGGUGACCAGUUUGUUUUCACGAUCACAGAUCCUGUCAACAAACCUUUGCCCUUGUGGAAAAUUUUAACAUUACAGUGGCAGCUUCAACGAGCCGCAGCUAUGGCCGGGGGAGCGGAUAAGGAGGAGGAGGAUGAUAAUAAUAACGACAACGAUUCUGAGGGUAGCCUCAACGUGUGA